CACACACCAUCCCACAAGCGCGCAUACGGCCCGAGCCGGCGGGCAGGCGGCGGAGACACCCUCGGAGCCCGGCGCCCGGCGGGGAGGGGGCGCGCGAGCCGGGACCGGCCCCGAGGCGCAGCAUGGAGGAGGAGAUGCAGCCGGCGGAGGAGGGGCCCAGCGUCCCCAAAAUCUACAAGCAGCGCAGCCCCUACAGCGUCCUCAAGACGUUCCCCAGCAAGCGACCGGCGCUGGCCAAGCGCUACGACCGACCCACCCUGGUGGAGCUGCCGCACGUCCGGCCGCCCCCGCCGCCCUUCGCGCCGCACGCCGCCGUCUCCAUCAGCAGCAGCGAGCCGCCGCCGCCGCCGCAGCCGUUCCAGGCGCAGAGCUCCUACCCCUCUGGGCCCGGGCGGGCCGCCGCCGCCGCGGCCGCCUCGUCGUCGUCUCCGUCCUGCACGUCCGCCGCGUCCCAGGGCCACCUGAGGACUUCGGCGCCGCCGCCCGCGGCCCCCGCCGCCGCCUCAUCCUCGUCUUUCGCCGCCGUCGUCAGGUACGGCCCGGGCCCGGCGGCCGCCGCGGGCAGUAGCGGCGCGGGCAGCGACGGCGCCAGCCUGGAGCUCAGCGCAGAGAGUCGUAUGAUCUUGGAUGCCUUUGCCCAGCAGUGCAGUCGAGUUCUUAGCCUCUUAAAUUGUGGAGGAAAACUUCUGGACUCCAACCAUUCUCAAUCCAUGAUUUCUUGCGUAAAGCAGGAAGGCUCAAGUUAUCCCGAAAGACAGGAGCAAUGUCACGUUGGGAAAGCAGUCCACAAUCAGACCUCAGACAGUGUAGACAUAGAGAUGCAAUAUAUGCAAAGGAAACAACAAACUUCUGCCUUUUUGAGAGUUUUCACUGACUCCCUACAAAAUUAUCUGCUCUCGGGAAGCUUUCCCACUCCAAACACCUCAUCAGUCAGUGAGUAUGGCCAUCUGGCCGACAUGGAUCCUCUGUCAACCUCCCCUGUGCAUACACUAGGUGGCUGGACCUCUCCAGCAACGUCUGAAUCCCAUGGUCACCCAUCCUCUUCUACACUGCCAGAGGAGGAUGAGGAGGAAGAAGAGGAAGGCUACUGUCCUAGAUGCCAAGAGCUGGAGCAGGAGGUUAUUUCCCUGCAACAAGAAAAUGAAGAGCUCAGAAGAAAAUUAGAGAGCAUCCCAGUGCCCUGCCAGACUGUUUUAGAUUACUUGAAGACGGUGCUGCAACACCACAACCAACUCAUGAUCCCACAGCCAGCUGACCAGCCGACCGAGGGGAGCAAGCAGCUGUUGAACAACUAUCCUGUCUACAUAACGAGCAAACAGUGGGACGAGGCUGUAAAUUCCUCAAAGAAAGACGGGAGGCGGCUCCUUCGAUACCUCAUCAGAUUUGUUUUCACAACCGAUGAGCUUAAGUACUCAUGCGGCCUUGGGAAAAGGAAAAGGUCAGUGCAGUCAGGAGAGACAGGUCCUGAAAGACGCCCUCUGGAUCCAGUUAAAGUAACAUGCCUCCGAGAAUUCAUUAGGAUGCACUGUACCUCCAACCCCGACUGGUGGAUGCCCUCGGAGGAACAAAUCAACAAAGUCUUCAGCGAUGCUGUGGGUCACGCCCGGCAGGGGCGGGCGGUAGGGACUUUCCUGCACAACGGUGGCUCGUUUUAUGAAGGGAUCGAUCACCAGGCUUCCCAGGAUGAAGUCUUCAAUAAAAAUUCCCAGGAUGGGUCUGGGGAUUAGUGGACACUCUUUCCACUGUAGCAGCUGGUCCUCUCAAGAGUUCCAAUUGUGAACGUCCUGUUACCGUCACCUUGGAGUCCAAAGCAUGUCAUGCUGUCAGACUUUACACAUCCUAAACCUUAACUCUCUUGAUCCACUGCCACUGUUCCCAAAUAGAAAUCCAUUUUAGGGUUGUUUGGGAAGUCUGUGAAGCCUACAACAGACUCUCAGAAUAUUAUAUUAUAAAAAGGAAAAACCACGAUUGAUUUUAGAUGAUUACGAGCUAGACCGUGAGGGUGAAAAAUAGAGGUGAGCUCCUGGUCACCUGUCUGAAAUCUUCAAAUAAGCUCUUCUCCCUGAGCAGAGCUGGUCCCCAGGAA